CUCUCUCCCCCUCCAUCCCCCUCCUCCGCAGACAAUAACAACAUUUGGCCACGAGUCACCGAGCCCAUUCUUCCUGGGUAUCACGUGCAACCCCCCCUCUUGCUGUGCAGGAAUGGUUUAGCCCGUUACCGAGCAGGCAGCGAGGGAGCAGAGGAGUGGAGAGAGGGGGGGAGAGAACCACACAAAGAAAGCGAGCGGUCCUGAGGAGGACGUGAGCGGUGGUCCGACCGUAGAGACACACACAUGGAAGAAUAAAAUAUCCUGGAGAGCAGACAUCGUGUGUGUGUGUGUGGGUGUGUGUGUGUGUGUGUGUGUGUGUGUGUGUGUGUGUGUGUUGUGUGUUGACUGAAGCCGGAACACGGGGAGCUGAGCGGACGGAGCCGAGGGGAGCGAUCAAGUGAUUCGCACUGGGUUUGGUUCACACUGAGGACUUUCAUCAGGUCGCUCUCGGUUCGGGAGCGAUGGACCGGGAAGGUUCCUCCUCACAGCGUGGAGGAGGUGAAUAACAAUCUGCUCAAAACGGAUGUAUUCUGAGAGCGAGACAACCGAGAAACCACUAAAACGUCCAUGAUAAGUUUGGGAGGCGGUCCCGUCUCAGUGGUCCCGUCCCCCUGAUCCGGACCAGCCCGUCUCGACCAGACACCAAAUCUCUCUGUGACGUCACCGUCCCCCCCCUCACCCACCAUGACACUGACCAGCCAGCUGUUGCCCUUCAAGCUGGACCCCCCCGGCCUGCUGGGGGAGGCGGAGGCGGGGCUGAGGUGCGAGCAGGAGAUCGAGCGGCGCUACCAGAUUGUGCCGUCGGUGGUGUGCUCCAUGUGCUGCCUCUUCGGCGUCAUCUACUGCUUCUUCGGCUACCGCUGCUUCAAGGCGGUGAUGUUCCUGACGGGACUGAUGUUUGGCUCGGUGGUGAUCUUCAUGCUGUGCUACAAGGAGCGUGUGAUGGACACUCAGCUGAGCGUGGAGGCCUCGGUGGGCAUCGGCCUGGGCAUCGGCACGCUGUGCGGCCUGGUCACCAUGCUGGUGCGCAGCGUGGGGCUGUUCAUGGUGGGCCUACUGCUGGGGCUACUGAUGGGCGUGGUUUCCCUGGUGGUGAUGGAGGAGUUCUACCACCCCCAGACGGUGUGGGUGCCCCUGGGAGUCCUGCUGGGCUCCGGGACCCUGUUUGCCGUGCUGACCCUGCAGUGGCAGCGCUGCUUCGUCACGCUGUCCACCGCUACCUUCGGGGCGGCCGUCAUCACCGUCACCGUGGACUACUUCAUCGAGCUGUUCGCCCUGGUUUACUACAUCUACGAAAGGCUCAAGGUGGCGCCAAAGAGGCCCGUGUGUUGGUUCACCUGGGUCAUCCUGGGGGUGUGGCCUGUGCUGGCCCUCCUGGGUGUGCUCAUCCAAUGGAAAGUCACCGCCGAGGGAUACUCCCACACAGAGCUGGUCCUGAGCAGGCAGCAGCGCCGGGUGCAGUUGAUGCGUAUCCACCAGCGGGAGGAGCGCGUGAAGAAGGAGAAGGAGAGCAAGAAGAAGAAGAAGAAGCAGGGCCAGAAGCCCAGCCUCAAGGCGGGCCAGAAGAGCCAGUCCCUGCACCACCACCACCACCACCACCACCACAGCAGCAGCGGCGGAGGCGGUGGCAGCAGCAGCAGUGGCAGCCACCAGCAGUACCACCACCCGUCAGCUUCCCACCCCCACCACCAGACCCAGGGCUCCCACUCCACCAAGGCCCCCCCGCCCCAGACCGAGCCCGGGUACCACCGCAAGACCAACCCCGUGCGGCGCUUCGACGGGGACGUGCUGUCACCGAGCUAUAUCCGGAGCUUCAGGGACAGACAGACGGAUAGACGGGCCUACUCCCACACCAGGAUCAGCCGCUCCCGCAUGGCGGAGCUCGACUACGACUGUGGCUCCCAGGUGCCCCUCACGGCCCCUAGCGGGCCCCCAGUAUGCGUCUGACAGCCGCCUCGCUCACACACACACACUCACACACACACACACACACACACACACACACACACACACACACACACACACACACACACACACACACACACACACACACACACCUACACACACAUUACACCCAAA